ACCAACCAACCCCAAAACGAUUCUACUCCAACCCCACCCCACCCCAGCCACCACAAACCAACACCACACCACAAGACAGACUCAAGAGAAACAACUAGAAUGCCUGAAUCAUCGGCUGCAGUCAGACAUCGAUCCAAGAAUUUCUACGGGAGAACACCGCCCUCUCUACCGACUUGCAAGACCGAGUUGGAUAUCCUGAUCGAAAGACAUCAGUUUAUCCGGGACUGCGAUGAGCAAAACUUGAGCUGGGAGGACGCCUUGGCAAAGAAAACUUACGACCAACUGUUCAAGGAACUUGCGGUUUGCGAUCUGUCUCGAUGGAAGGAGGGCAAAGUAGCGAUGCGCUGGAGAACGGCGAACGAAGUGGUAGAUGGCAAGGGUCACUUCACAUGUGCUAACCUACGAUGUAUACACCAUGAGCUUGGCCUGAAGAGCCCGCCCCGAAGCCUCUCGAAGAAGGCGCAUCCGUUGGGAGCCUUUGCGAACUUCGAGGCCCAACACUCGUUCAUCCCACUGGAAGAGUUCAGCAGGGCCGGCGAACGGAGCGAGCUCACUCCUCAAAUCCCACUACAGGAGCUCCAGACCUCGUUUGGUUACCUCGAACAUGGCGUCCGCAAGCUGGCCGAGGUCCAGCUGAACCUCUGCAAACGCUGCGCUAAGAAGAUGAACUCCUGUUCGCUCUCCAAGCGGCGCACUGAAAACCGCGCCCCCACUCGAGCGCUCGUCCAUGCCUCUCGUAAAAGAGAUCUCCCCGAGGGCUUGCAUUCCUCCACUGAGCGAGAGCCAUGCCCUGAACGACCGGCCAAGAUCCGCUGCACUAGUGGUAGAUAACCCACCCCACCCCCUCACACUGAAGAUAAGACAUCCUCCACCUCACCCUAUCCCCAUUACAUUCUUCAAAAACAUCCGACCGCUUCAUCAGGCCCCAUAAUAUACAAUCUAAAUACAUGCUUGCGUCUGUUGUUGGAUGACAGAGAAAGUUCAUACUCGGAAACUUGGCACACAUAAUCCAUCUGUCGAUACUUCAAAUCGGUGCCCUUAUUCUUAUAUCAUUCAUGCGGCCCUGACUCAUCCAUGUCGACGAUCAGCCUACCUCCAAUAGCUUCAGCUCUAUUUUAGGAGCCUUUACACACCCUUAACUCUCCGUUAAUCCUGCCCCCUGAUCAUUUCCUUUUUGACUAUGUUGUUUGCUAAUAUUCAUGGCUGUCAUAAUCAUCAUUCACACUCGCACACACGCUUCCAUAAUGUAUACAAUUGUACACAUGUAUAUAUACAUAACCGUCUCAAUCAUCACCGGCUUUUGUUUUGGCAACAUUGGUCUUGAUUUUUGCUUGAUCUCCUCAUGUACCUACAUACAUACAUGCUUGCUUUCUUCUUGCGUCUGUGUCUGUUUUUUUGUUCCUAUAGUUAUUGUUACUGCUCUUAUUUUUUGGCUCUCUGUCUGUCGAUUUUAGAGGUAUAAACUCCUCCUUCCCCCUCUGACAGAGACCUGCAUUGCAAGUUCAACACUGACUUCUCUGCAACUUGCAAGGUACUUCGGUACAUCGACCUCGGAUGUGACACCCGCUUUAGGCUACGCAGUAUAUCCGUCCAUGUCUUGUCCACGG